UAGCCUUAACCUUAAUGCAGAUCACUACGGCCGGAUCUGCCGAGCACCACGUACCAUCUACCAAUACCAACCGUUUCCAAAAAAUAAAAACGCAUUUUACAUGCGAACAACACACUCUGAAUCGGACCAGGCGGCAUUAGAACAGCCCUUGUUGGGGAAGGAAUUUAUAGUUAACUCUCUGUUGCCAUGGUAUUCCUGUCCUGAAGAGCAUUUUCCGCAGCGUAGACGCGUCCGAAGACGUGAGAGGGAAAAAUGUGUGUCCACUGCAGGAAAGACUGCAGAUGUGUCCGUGGAGCAGGAAAAAUCAGGUGAAAAUGUGAAUGAAAAUAUUUCGGAUGCCUCUGAAGAUGGAAUACACGCGGACGUUACUACGUCUUCUGAGACGCAACCUGCAAAGUCCAAGUCUUGGUCUGCCGUAGCGAAAGCUCAUGCUCCUUCUCCCAGCAGUACACAUUCGUCUCCUCGCUUGCACCGUGCUGCAGAAGUGCAGCUGCAGGUGCAACCCACGCAGACGGCACUCACAGACUUCAUGAAGCAAUUUGUUCCGUGCAUUGUGAAGAAAACCAACAUACAGCCCCGUGGUUUCGUAAACACCAGCAACAUGUGCUUCAUGAACUCAAUCUUCCAGGCUCUUUUAUACUGUGUGCCGUUUUACGUGCUUAUGCGUAAUCUUGGGAAAAAGCUUCCCCGAUUGUUCAGAGACAAGGGCUCUCUUCUUGGUUCAGUGAUUACGUUGACCCAGGAGUUUCGCGAGAAUUGGCAGCCUGGAGAGGAGGAGGGUGAUGCGUACAUUCCCGAAGUAGUGUACCGGGUGAUGAAAAACAAUCCGCGGUUUGAUCUUGUGCAGACCGGUGAGCAGGAAGACGCGGAGGAAUUCCUUAAUUUGUUUUUGGAUGAAAUGCAUGAGGAGUUUGUUCGCACUGGUAAUUUGGAGAAAGCCUCGUCUCCUAACGCUGACGCCGUCGACAAGGACAAGGAGGACAAGGAGGAAGAGGGGUGGUUGGAGGUUGGUAAGAAACAGAAACCUGUUAUAACACGUUCUGCCACUGUUUCGCAUUCUCCUAUCACCGAAAUAUUUGGAGGACAACUUCGUUCUGUGCUCAAGGUUCCCAACGCUAGAGACUCCGUACUGCUUGAACCGUAUCAACCGUUACCGCUCGAUAUACAGCCGGAUCACAUUCAUUCUGUUUUGGACGCCAUGGACCAUCUAACAACGCCAGAGACGCUUAAGGGAUGGCGCUCGCCAAAGGGACACACGGUCACUGCUACGAAGCAAGUCUUUAUUGAAAAGCUACCUGCUGUACUCAUCCUCCAUCUGAAGCGAUUUUUGUACGAUGACCAGGCAGGCGGCACGCUCAAAAACACCAAAUUGAUAUCCUAUCCGCUUAGACUAGAGAUUCCUACCCGAGUCAUCAGCCCAGGAAAACGACCUCUGGGACCGGCCAGAUACCAGCUUACUGCUGUCGUAUACCAUCAUGGUUUAUCGGCACAGGGCGGGCACUACACUGUCGAUGUUCACCAACACGAUGGUAGUUCCUGGAUCCGUAUUGACGAUACAACAAUCCGUACUAUCUCAGAAAGUGAUGUUGAGGUAACCGAGAACGAAGCAACUGUUAAUAGCUCAGCAUCUUCAGAUCGGUGUGCUUACUUGCUGUUUUACACGCGCUGUGAAUAAGCAAUUUUAUGCUGCUAUUGGGUUGUUUCACAACACUCCCCCAACAACGUCCUCUUAUAUAUCCCAUCAGCGAGCUGUGUUCUUUUUGCGUGUCCCAAACCACUCAUUUUGUGCCGUUUACAUUUCGUUCCAGUUCGUUUUCUUGUUUCUCUUUCGUGCUCGUGCGCAAAUACCCUUCACCCAUAAGCGCCUGUGCACCUGAACAAAAAACCCUUUUCUUCUUUUUGCUUUUCCGAUCAUCUUUUACCGGUUAAAAGUUUCUGUUUUCUCUGUCUUGCAUUCCUUCGUCGUGUCCUCCCGUCAGUGUUUAGUAUCGAAGUUCUUUCGUUCACGAACACGCCCUUUACGCUCUCUGUUACUCACUGACAAGCGCUCGCCUUCACUACUACUCCUACACAGUCCGACCUCCUCUUUCGUCCUCUUCGCCGCAUGCGUGUGCACGUUCGCAGUGUGCUUUUUAAUUUGAUUGCUACACAACAACAAUCUAAUUUAUAGAAAUGCUUUUGCGGCUAGUAAAGGGUAUAGGGAAGCCAAUUGAGUUAUGAGCAGGAUGUGAACUCCGUUGAAGAAAUAUAGCUAGGCGCCGGGUUUUAUUAUUUUUCUAAAAGUUGUAUUUUUUGUUUUAAUACGUAGAUUCUUAAGCUCAUAAUAUGUAUUUCAAAUGGUGAAUUAGGAAGUGUGUGAUUUCGCGG